UUAGCGUGUGCUUCAAGUUACCAUGGUGACACACCCCGCCUGCAUAAAAGUCAGCAUCCCUGGUUCACACGUCCGUGGUUUGAGAGACAUGUCCGGAUUUAACCCGCAACAGCAUCCGAAGCGGCUCCAGCCAAUGUCUCCGACCCCCAGUGAGGACAACCGGACCGUCUCUGCGUUCACCUCCAAACUCACCCCUGCUGCUGACAUUUGUGUGGGACUGUCCAUCCUCUCCGUCGUUCUGCUCGCUGUUCUGGGCAAUGGGCUGGUUCUGGUGAUUUCUUACCGCAGGAGGAAGAAGAUGCUGGGCUCAGAGCUGUUGUGCGUCAACUUGGCCGUGGUCGACUUCUUCUGCUGCAUCUGCUUCUACCCGCUCUCCAUCAUGUCCUCCUUUCACCACACGUGGCUUGGAGAAAAAAUCACGUGUGUUUACUAUGGCCUCGGCAGCUAUACCUUCGGCCUGUGUGGCAUGUUCACCAUCACCGCCAUCAGCAUCAUCCGCUACCUGAAGACCUGCUACAGCUUGGUUUACGCUGAGUGGCUAGAAGGAACCAACAUCCACAUAGUGUGCUUUGGCAUCUGGCUCGUGGCAGGAGUGUGGUCUAGCUUCCCUCUGUUCGGUUGGGGUGAGUACGUCCCUGAGCCUUAUGGACUCUCCUGCACCAUCGCCUGGAGGAGUUAUCACACCUCAGCCAAGGAUGCCUUCUACGUCAUCUGCUCCUUCACCUUGUUCACACUCGUACCUAUCCUCCUCAUUGUGGUGUCCCAGUGUUGUAUCCUCCACAAGGUGUCCCGCUUCUCCUACUCCCUGUCAGUGAGAGGCAUCCGCCACAACCUGCGGCAAUCUGAAAAACGACUUUCCAUGAUGUUUUUCUGCAUCAGCCUGGGUUUUGUGAUUGCCUGGGCACCAUACGCUGUCGUGUCCUUCCUCUUCAUUUUCCACAAAGAUAGCUGGUACAUGGCUCCUAAGGGCUUUGUUUUCCCCACCCUCUUCGCCAAAAGCUCCCAUGUCUACAACCCGUUCAUCUACUUCUACUUUAACAAGACUUUUCGGCAGGAGCUUCGCAGCGUGCUCCACUCUUUCUGCUCCAAGCUGGGAGGAAAUCGAGUGGGAGUCCACGUCGCAAUGGGCCACCAAAGCCCAUAUCCCAUCCACAUUCAGCUCCAGGAAGUCCAAAAGAAGUUUCAGAACAGAACACACAGCAACAGCAAAGACAAAGUGACCCACACCAGCAGCAACCGUGUCCAGUCCAGGCCAGUGUGCACCUGCUGGGGCUCCGCUCUGAAUAAAACCCCCACCAUUGUGGACACUAAACCUGCCAAAGAUUCCCUGGCUGUCACGAUAUGAACUCUGUCUAUCAUUGUUCAUUGUUAAAGGCAGCGUGGUUAAACUGUG